AGCUCAGCCAAGAUUUCCACCAAGACGAAAGUGUUGGAGCGACGAGGCCAUGGCGGCCGAUCUGCCAGACGAUAUCCUGAUGGAUAUCUUCUCCCUCCUCGAGAUCCCUGACCUCAUGAGGGCGAGCUCCGUCUGCGCGUCAUGGCGCGCCGCGUACGGCAGCCUACUCAGGCUUGGCCAGUACAAACGGGCCCAGACACCAUGCCUGUUCUACACAUCUGCGUCCGAUGACGAUGAGAGGGUUGCUUGCCUCUACAGCCUCGCGGAGAAUAAGGUUUACAAGUUGACGCUCCCGGAUCCACCCAUCCGGAGGAGGCAUCUGAUCGGCUCCUCCCAUGGCUGGCUGGUCACCGCCGACGAGAGGUCCGAGCUGCACAUGGUGAACCCGAUCACCGGUGAACAGGUCGCUCUCCCGUCCGUCGCCACCAUGGAGCACGUCAAGCCCAUCACCGAUGAUGCAGGCGUAGUCCUCGAGUACGAGUUGUCGGAAUACUGGGGAGAUAUGGUUCAUGAAGAUCCGACGAUCCAUUCUCCCGAUGGCCUCCGUGAUCACCUCUACUUCAAGGCAUUCGUGUUUCUUGAACCCUCCAUGGGAGGCUACAUUGUGGUGCUCAUUCACAAUCCAUUCCAUCAGCUUUCAUUUGCAAGGGAAGGAGAUUGUAAAUGGACAUGGCUGCCACCGGGUGAAACGUGCUACGAGGAAUGCAUCUACAUGGAUGGCCUUCUGUAUGCAUUGACAGCAAGUGGAGGAAUCGAUGUGUUUGAUCUCAGCACUGGCUCUUCUGCUAUCACAAGGAAGGUAUUUGUAGGUUCGAUGAAGUGCUAUAUCCACGAGAACAUGUACAUUGUUCAGGCACCAUGGGGUGAUGUGCUGCAAGUUUGGAGGGAGCAGGAAAUUGCAGCCGGGGACAAUGAGGAGGAUGCUCCAGAAUGGGACAUUUCAAAGAUUUUAAUCCAUACUAAGAACAUACAUGUGUAUAGGAUCGACAUGGCAACAAAAGAGCUUGUGGAAAUAAAUGGGCUACAAGAUCAUGUGUUAUUUCUGGGGAAUAACAAGUCACAGUGUCUCAGUUCUGAAGAAUACCCGCACUUGAAGGCAAAUCAUGUCUACUUCACUGAUGAUGAAGAGGACAUUGCAUUAUCGGUUAGGGAUCUUCCCCGUGACAUAGGUGUUUUCAACUUAGAAAAUAACAGCCGUGAAGAAAUUGCACCCCCUCAGCUAUGGUCUGGAUGGCCAAGUCCAAUUUGGAUAACACCUAAUCUUACAAUUGGGAACUUGAGAUUGAACAACUAGUUAACUGCUAGAGAGCCAGAGUAGUAUCAUUUUAUCUGUUUUCUAGGUUUCCACUCUUUUUUUUUUUUUCAGUUGUAACCUUUUUUUUAGCCAGAUCGGCUGGAA